AUGCCCGCAGACAGCUCGUCGCCUUCCCGUCCAGCUAAUGCUGCCCAUCCCUAUGCUGCUGCUCGCAGACCCAACGGCGCUACUGCCGCCACUGGCACCGCCACCGCCUCCACCCACUCAGCCUCUGCUGCUGCUCGCCGCGACAGCCAACCGAAGAGUACUCGACAACAAUUUGCUGCAUGCGGUGCCUGCCGUAUGCGUCGUGUCAAAUGUGACCUCAAGGACGUCAAUCCCCGACCGGGCGAAACCCCAAUGUGCACCAACUGCCAGGAACGCGGUCUGAAAUGCGUCGAUGAAUUCGCCAACGUCAAGGCCGUCAAGCUGCUCCGUCGCGGCCGUCGCCUCGCCCAAGUCGAGCAAGUGUACGGUCCCGCUGCCCAGGCACGUGCCGACGCGCCCUCGACAGACGCAGAGGGUGCUGCCCAGGCCUCGUCUUCCCGCACACCCAGCUGCAUCCCCAAACUUCAGCCCGAGUUCUUCGGCAGCCCAUUCUACCGCCGCUUCCACAUCCAACGCCCCAUCGUCGACCCCACCGAGUUCAGCGCACGGUUCUACGAAUCAGAGCAGGGCAAGCCAGAGAGUCUUGGAGUUGCAGGAAGCAUGAUCUGCAUGUUGCUUGUCACCUGGGCGGCCACAUAUGGUGUCAAUGAGUACGGUGUCGAAGAGCCCUCCAACGGCCUCGAAGGUGUCCGAGAGCGUCGCCGCCGCUGUAACGAAAUGGUUCGUGAAAUUCUGGGUCUCAUCGAUAAGCAUGGCCUUCUCCGCAAGCCCACUUGGGAUGGUGUCCGUGUCCUCCUGCUCAUCAUGCCCCUUACCGAAGACGUACAGACCCAACUCGAACGACUGGCCAUGUACGAAGCAACCGUGUCUCAAGUCUACACCCUCUGCUCCCUAGGAUCACUUGUCAAGUCUGGUCAAGGUGAAUUUGUCGACGCACUCGUCCGUGCACGCAUCUUUUGGUACGGUCACGUCCACGAAGGCAUCACAAGCGGUUUACGGGGCGGAAGGUUGAUUUUUGAGGAUGACGAUCUGUCGUCGUUCCAGAUUACAUUUCCAUCAUUAGGCAACAAACAAUCCCUCAUCCGCACGUCGAUCACGUACUCAUACUCCUACCGAUACGCUACAGCUCCCAUCCGCCUUUCGAGCGCAUGCCGUCAAAUCCAUGCUGCCCUCACUGGCCCCAAGGCCAAACGCAAAGAAGACGUCAACGAACCCGGCCUCAAGGAAGCCUGGGAAGCUCUCAGCCGCAGCUGGGAAGAAUUCGAGGGUCUGAGGCACGUCGGUCCGGUCGGGAUUAUCCAAACAGAAGACACGGAGCGGUUUGUCAAUGGCUGGCAGAUCUUCAUAUUCGAGUGCCACAACAUCAUUCGUGAAUCACUAAAGCAAAGGAUGAUCGAGCACCGACGGACACGCGACGCCGCUUUCAUUGUCGAUCCCGACGUCAGUCAUGAACCCUUGUUGGCCAAGCUGACAAGGUUACACUCUAUUGCCGAGGGCAAAUGUCAAGAUGUGGCUGGCCAGAUCGUGACGCUCAUCAGGCGCCAUUUGGGUUCCUCGUUCUUCCAAUACGAUGCGUCCCUCGUCCGGGAUGGUUGCUUCUACGCCGGACUUUGUCUCGCCCGCGAUUCGGGAACCGAGGAAGACAUCCGAACAUGCGUCCAGGCUCUCGAAGAGAUGCGCUGGGCAUUUUCCAAGUCGGAGGAGCGUAUCGCGACGCUCAAGUGGGCCUGGGAGAACCGCAAGGUCGACGAGGAAGAGCGACUGUGGAGCGAACGUCUUGUCCGGCCCGAUUCGGCACCCGGCGGAGGCGGAGACGCGACCGGGUACGGUGGAGGGAUGGGCAACCCCGUCGACGGGAUGAUGAGGACCAACUCGGACCCGACGUCGGGGAUGAUGCGCAACGGGGGCGAGGCCAAUGGUAAUUCGGGACGAAACCUGCACCGGCCUCCCACGCUAACGUUGGUUGAAGGCGCAACGGUCGAUGCUGCCCCGCUGACUUCCGUCUCUGACGGGAGCUGGCACACCCCCUCGUCGGCGAGCGACUUGGCCCAUUCGCACCACAACUCGCCGAGCUCGGGUCCCGCGACGAUUAUGCCCGACAAGACAUUGAUGAUGGAGCCGGCGUUGAUGAACGCCUACCCGACGGCUCAUACGGAGAUGUUUGCAGGCGCAUUCACGGAUACGACGGCCGCCGGCCACUAUGCUGACGACACACCGAUAUACGGUCACUCUAUGCCCACGCACGGGAUGGGUGUUGGGAUGGGCAUGGGAAUGGGUGCACACGGCAUGCAGGGAACGUAUGCUCAUGGUGGUGCCGCUCUGCCAUCGUUUAGCGCACCGCAUUAUGACUAUUAUCCUCACUCGAAUACUUCGCACCGAUAA